GGCGCCGGACCCCCAGGCGGAGAGCUACAGGUCUCGGGCCCUCAGGCGGAGCGGCGGGCGCCGGACCCCCAGAUGGAGCAAGCAAGACAGGUCUCGGGCCCCCAGAACGAAGACGAAGCGCGGGGGCACCGAGUCACCAGGCACGACAGUGGGCACCGAGUCGUCUGGCAAGACUGCGGGCACCUGAGUCGUCUGGCAAGACUGCGGGGGGGGCACCGAGUCGUCUGGCAAGACUGCGGGCACCGAGUCGUCUGGCAAGACUGCGGGCACCGAGUCGACUGGCGGAACAGCGGGCACCGAGUCGUCUGGCAAGACUGCGGGCACCGAGCCAACUGGCGGAACAGCAGGCUUCGAGUCGUCUGGCAAGACUGCGGGCACCGAGUCGUCUGGCGGGGAACAGCGGGCACAGAGUCGUCUGGCAAGACAGUGGGCUCCGAGUCAACAGUCACGACAGUGGGCACCGGGUCAUCAGGUAUCGGAUUGUCUGGCUCGACAGCGGGCAUCGGGUCACCAGGCAUCAGGUCAUUUGGCUUGCCAGCGGGCACCGCGUCAUUCUGGCAAGGCAGUGGGCACCGGGUCACCAGGAAU